AUGGGGAACGUAAGUAUAGAAACUCUCUGGGCUUUAGAUCUGGAGCGUAACUUCCUCACCGGUUUCAACCAACUUCCGGUUGUACUCCCCUACGUUAAUCUAAAUUAUCUUGGGCUUGGUUCUAACAUGCUUCAAGGGUCACUGCCAAUCCCACCACCUUCCAUUGCUUACUUUUCAGUCUCAAACAACAGACUGACUGGGGAGAUACCACAUUGGAUUUGCAAUCUAAGUUUAAUAACUAAUCUCGAUUUGUCAAGCAACAACUUGGGUGGCGUUCUUCCUCAAUGUUUAGGCAACUUGAGUGAUUCUCUCUCAUUGGACCUACACGGUAAUAACUUUCAUGGAACCAUUCCUCGGAUCUGCGAUGAAACAAACAAAUUGCUGAUAAUUGAUUUAAGCCAAAAUCAUUUACAAGGACGUGUACCGAGAUCAUUGAUCAAUUGUACCAAGCUUGAAGCUAUUAACCUUGGUAACAAUCAGAUACAUGAUAUUUUUCCUUCCUGGUUGGGCAUUCUUCCAGAGUUGAGGAUUCUCAUUUUGAGAUCUAAUAAACUCUAUGGUACAAUAGGAAGUUCUGAUAGCAAUUUCGAUUUCCCGAAAUUGCACAUCAUUGACCUCUCAAAUAAUGAUCUUACUGGCAAGUUUCCCUCUGAACACUUCCUAAAUUGGAAAGCCAUGCAAAUCGUCGAUGCUGAGAGCUUAAAGUACGUGGAGGAAAGCCAUACUAUGGUGACACUUGCAGGAGAAAGAGUGAGCCGCCGCCACUCUUACUCAAUGACAAUGAUCAUCAAAGGCAUGGAUACACUAUAUGAUAGAGUCCCUGAUUUCUUAAUAGUUAUUGAUCUCUCGAACAACAGAUUUGAUGGAGAAAUUCCAGAAGUGGUGGGGAAUCUGAAAGGACUUAAUUUGCUCAACCUUUCCUCAAACUUUCUCACAGGGCCUAUCCCAUUUAAAUUGGCAAACUUGACAUGGCUAGAAUCAUUGGAUCUAUCUCAAAACAAGUUGUUUGGUGCGAUCCCUCCACAACUAACAGAACUCACUUUUCUUUCACACUUUAAUGUCUCCCAUAAUCGCUUGACAGGACCUAUACCACAUGGGAAGCAAUUCGACACAUUCAGCAGCAGUUCGUUCAGUGAGAACCCUGAAUUAUGCGGUUACCCUUUGCCAAAGAAAUGUGGGAAUCCUGAGGACUCACAACCUCCAUCUUCAAGCCACAACUCAACAAACCACAACUCAAAGUUCUCAUUUGAAUUUGGUUGGAAAGUAGUCGCGAUGGGAUACGGAUGUGGAUUCUUGUUUGGAGCUGUGUUUGGGCAAAUCAUGAUCACAAAGAAGUAUGGUUGGUUUAUGAAGACGUUUGCAAUUGGGCAGCCGACACGUAGAAGGGUGAAUUGGAGGGGCCAUAGAAAUUAA